AUGGCAGGUGGGGCAUUUUCCGGUGGGACCCUCCAGAGGGCUGAUCGUUACGAGUACAGGAUUACUGGAUUUUUCAUCUUUUCUUGCAUUGUUGGAGCUCUUGGUGGCUCUCUAUUUGGCUAUGAUCUUGGUGUUUCAGGUGGGGUUACCUCCAUGGAUGACUUCCUAAUAGAAUUCUUCCCAAAGGUGUAUGAGAAGAAGCAAACACAUCUUGCAGAGACAGAUUAUUGUAAAUAUGAUGACCAGAUAUUGACACUCUUUACUUCAUCUCUAUACAUUGCGGCCCUUUUGUCCACGUUUGGUGCUUCCAGUGUAACAAAAAACAAAGGCAGAAAAGCCAGCAUCUUAGCUGGUUCAGUAAGCUUCUUUAUAGGAGCUAUUCUCAAUGCAUCAGCCAUGAACAUUGAAAUGUUGAUCAUUGGACGUAUCCUUCUUGGUGUUGGCAUUGGAUUUGGAAACCAGGCUGUUCCUCUCUAUCUUUCGGAAAUGGCUCCUGCAAAGGUCAGAGGAGUAGUGAACCAACUCUUUCAGUUAACAACUUGCUUGGGAAUUUUAGUUGCCAACCUUGUGAACUAUGGCACAGAAAAGCUUCAUCCUUGGGGGUGGAGGUUAUCCCUUGGCUUAGCUACAUUUCCAGCAAUUUUGAUGUUCAUUGGAGGAUGUUUGUGUCCUGAGACACCCAACAGUCUUGUAGAACAAGGCAGAACUCAGGAAGGAAGAUUGGUGUUGGAGAAGGUUAGGGGCACCCCUAAUGUUGAUGCUGAAUUUGAUGAUCUUAUUGAGGCCAGUAGAGAAGCAAAAUCUAUCAAGAACCCAUUCCAGAACCUUCUUCUGAGGAGAAACAGACCCCAGUUGAUAAUUGGAGCCUUGGCUAUUCCUGCCUUCCAACAGCUAACUGGCAACAACUCCAUCCUCUUCUAUGCUCCUGUCAUUUUCCAAACUCUAGGAUUUAGCUCCGGGGCAUCUCUAUAUUCAUCUGUUAUUACAAGUGUAGCACUUGUUAUUGCCACACUGAUCUCAAUGGCUUUCGUUGACAAGUUUGGUAGGAGAGCUUUCUUUUUGGAAGCCGGUAUUGAAAUGAUAAUUUGCAUGGUUGCUAUGGCUAUAGUUUUAGCUGUUGAAUUUGGAAAAGGCAAAGAAUUAUCAUUAGGGAUUAGUAUAAUUUUGGUCAUAGUGAUUUUCAUAUUCGUUUUGGCAUAUGGAAGAUCAUGGGGUCCCUUGUCGUGGUUGGUUCCUAGUGAGCUCUUCCCACUGGAGAUAAGGUCAGCUGGACAGAGUCUGGUGGUGUGUGUCAACAUGUUGUUCACUGCCAUUGUGGCACAAUUCUUCCUUGUAUCACUAUGCCACCUUAAAUACGGAAUCUUCUUGCUAUUUGCAGCAUUGAUUAUCCUUAUGAGCUGCUUUGUUUUCUUCUUCUUGCCAGAAACCAAGCAAGUUCCUAUUGAGGAGAUUUAUCUUCUGUUUGAGAAGCAUUGGUUUUGGAAGAGAGUACUAAGAGAAGGGAACCACGGAUCUGGGUCAAAUACAAGUUUUCUUACAUUUUCGGUCAUGACAAAGCGACGUCGUUCUUUCAUUUCGAACAGUGGCAACAACGUAGUUAUUUGCUCUAGCAAGGCUAUACUGUAUUCUGCUGCGUUUGAUCAACACUACGCUCUACAGUUAACUGAAAAACUGCUGAAAAAUGGCAUGGCCUUAAGGAAAUGUUCCUUGAUUUUCCCUUUUCCGUGUUUUGGGGUUAAAGGGUUUUUGCAUGAAGUGGGUAUCUAUGUUGUUGCCAUGAAGUUGCGUCAUGUAGCAAUUAGAAGGUCGUUAAUUGUUGGGGUGUUCGUUGUUGUGAUACUUGUUAUCCAAUGUUGUUGGACAACAUAUUAUUCUCUGUUGGAUGCUGAUGGGAGCUCAGAGGCAUUCCCAGCUGAAGUUUCGAUUUCUGGAAAUUCAGAAAUUGUGGGUGUGUACAGAUCCACAGGAAACAAUGUCAUGGUUAAUGUCACUUUUGCCUCUCAUUCAUCAGAAUAUGCUUCUGAGAAAGAAGCUGAUUUGGAAUCUGAUAGGGGCAUAAAUUCAAGAGAGGGACACAUGCCCAAUGAGAGUUUAAAUGUGGGAAGUCAUGAGGAUGCCAUUAACAGUUUCACUCAGAGAAAUGGAGAAAUGGAUAACAAACACAAUAUUCAACAACAUAAUGUGCAAUUUGCAUCACAAGGGAUUCCUUCUGAGGGCAUUAAAAUUGUAGCUGCUGAUUUGGGCACGUCUGAUAUGUUACUUGUUGAAAAGCAGCUUUCAAAUGGAAGUAGAUUGCAAAGUGUAGAAACGGAAUCACAACAGUUGAAAUCUCCUUUGUCCAUGUCGAAUAGUGAACCUAAGAUGGAUACCUCAUCAACCAGGAGUACAUUGGUGUGGCCAACUUCAACAACACAGAUGAGCUAUUUGUUUCAGAGUUUUAAUUCUGCUUCUAUGAGACCGAGGUGGUCAUCUCGACCGGACCGCGAACUCUUAUCUGCAACACGAGAGAUUGAAAAUGCCCGCAUCAUAUCAAAUUCUUUAGAACUUUAUGCACCUGUUUUCCUAAAUGUUUCCAAGUUUUCAAGGAGUUACGAACUGAUGGAGCGCAAGCUCAAAGUUUUUAUCUAUAAAGAGGGGGCAAAACCUAUAUUUCAUCAACCAAAGAUGAGAGGAAUCUAUGCCUCGGAGGGUUGGUUUAUGAAAUUGAUGGAAGGAAAUAAAAGGUUCAUUGUGAAGGAUCCCCGGAAAGCUCAUUUGUUUUACCUACCAUUUAGUUCACAAAUUCUAAGAGUUACUCUUCCUAACCAGAAGCAGAUGGAGCAUUACCUUGAGAAAUAUGUGGAGUUAAUUGCAGGAAGAUAUCGUUUCUGGAAUAGAACUGAUGGAGCUGACCAUUUUCUUGUUGCUUGUCAUGAUUGGGCCUCCAAAAUCACAAGGAAACCAAUGAAAGGUUGUAUUAGGUCUCUUUGUAAUUCCAAUGUUGCUAAAGGCUUCCAAAUAGGGAAGGACACUACUCUACCUGUCACAUACAUACACUCUGUGAUGAAUCCACUUAGAGGAUUUGUGGGGAAACCUCCUUCAGAAAGGUCUAUUCUGGCCUUUUUCGCAGGAAGCAUGCAUGGUUAUCUCCGUCCAAUCCUAUUAAAACACUGGGAGAAUAAAGAACCUGACAUGAAAAUUUUUGGUCCAAUGCCACGUGAUUUGGAAGGUAAAAAAUUGUAUAUGGAAUAUAUGAAUAGCAGCAAGUAUUGCAUAUGCGCUAGAGGUUACGAGGUUCACACUCCAAGAAUAAUCGAAGCCAUUUUUUCUGAGUGUGUGCCAGUCAUCAUAUCAGAUAAUUAUGUGCCUCCUUUAUUUGAGGUAUUGAAGUGGGAAGCUUUUUCUGUGUUUGUUCGUGAGAGGGAUGUUCCUAGUCUCAGAAACAUACUUCUCUCAAUCCCAGAAGACAAGUACCUGGCUCUGCAUUUGGGAGUACAGAAGGUUCAGCAGCACUUCCUGUGGCACAAAGUUCCUGUUAAGUAUGACUUGUUUCACAUGAUUCUUCACGCGAUAUGGAACAAUAGGCUUUCUCAUUUUAGACCCAGGUGA